AUGAGGGAGGGGAGGGAGAUGAGGGAGGGGAGAGAGAUGAGGGAGGGGAGUGUGGCAGGAGGAGGAGGGACGGGAGUGAAGGGAAAGGAGUGUGUGGAGAAUGGGGGGUGUGGGGCAGCAGGGGAGGUGUGUGUGGGAGUGCUGGCAACAGCCAAGGGCGAAUGCCUCCUCUCCUCCACCACGUAUAUCCCAGCUUUAUCCCCUCGACUAGUCUUCAACAGCACCCAUUGGAGCAUUGCCCCUCCUCGGCCAGGCAGCCAUGGGGAUCUGGUGGAUCCUGUUUGGACCGAGAGCUUUUGGCAGCAUCUGAAGCUGAGGAGUUACCUGGUGGAUGAUCCGAUAUGGGAUGCUUCGAUACUGUUUGGAGGAGUGGUGUGGGUGGUGGUGUUGUGCGUGCUCGUCACCUGGGCCGAUAAAGCUGUUGCGCAAAAGCUUAAGCGGGUGUAG